AGGGAAUAAAGGUAAAUAUAUAUAUAGGAAGGCCGGUAUUUUUUUCCAGAAAAGGUGCAACCCUAAUUGCAACCCAUACUCCCUGGUGAUAUGAGCUGAACCCACCUAUCUGAUUUCUGGUUCUUCCCCAGCCUCUGGUUAUUAUAUCCUCCACCAACUUCCUUGAGGCUGAUUGCCAAUAAAGGACUAUACCCCCCCCCCCCCCCCGGUAUUGCCAGAUCAGUAAAAAACGAGUAUCAGGAAAUACACUCCCCCACCCCACAAAAGCACACAAUUGAUUUCCACAAGACAAAAUGACUUUACAAUACAUGAGGCAGCAUGACAAGCAGUUUCUAAAUAAAAAUAAAACCAGACAGGAUUGAGUAAUUUUGCUUAUUUUUGAAUAUAGACAUUAGAAUCGGGAUGAGUUCAGUAUUCAAAAAGGUGGCAGAGGAUUUAAUGCAUCAUUGUGUCAAAGCAGAAAAAAUGGGUGAAGAGAUAAUAGGCUGAAGGGACAUGAGCCCCUCGAGGGGAAGGGGGGUAUUCAAGGCGAUGUCUGUCCCACUUCAGUGUAUUAUAUGUAUGGUCACAUGAGCCAACAGUCUACCCAAAAACUUUCAUAGCAAGAACUUUGCAUUACCAGCCACCUUUCAUGCCUAUUAAUAAUAUAAUAAAAAAUAAUAAUAGACUGUUUUUGUAGCAUCCUAAUAAUAAUAAUAAAAUACUGAAUUAGUCCCACAGCAAAUAGAUCUUUUUUUUUUUUUUUUUGCUGAACUACAAUUCCCAAGAUCCUCCUAAAAACAUUAUGGAGUAGUAAAGGCUGCGGUUUCUGCAACACUGGGAGCCCUAUACCUGGCCAGGAAACAUGUUAUUGUUUAGAAUUUCUUGUAUAAAUAAUAAAAAAAAAUCCAUGUACUUAAAUUUAUUACAUUCCCUUAAACCCAGAGCGGCCGGCGGACUCCGGAGAAUGUUGAUGUGUUGCCAAUUGCUCUGCUUUUCACCGCAAAACUAAAUUUGUAAACUUUUUUUUUAUCAGAUUAAAAUGUAUAUAUAUCUAUAUCUAUGGAAAAGAAUAUGUUCAUAUUUUUAAGCUGAUAUUUGCAAAUGAUAGAGAUUUUUUUUUUCCUCAGAAGCAAUUACUCAGACCAUUGAAGUGUUGUAAUCUUACUACUAGUCUUACGUCACUUAGGUAAUUCCGUUUGAACUGAAAAUGGGCUAUAAAAGUCUCCGAGUGCCCCAGCAUGGAUCAUUCAGGCACCACCGAUCUGCCUUCUAACCCCACGCUUGGCACCGGCUCCAUCUCAGCAUCAGAGAACAUGUUCUCCCUUAGAGAUUUCCUCUUUAUUCUCUGCCUGUCUGUGGGGGUCCUCUCAGCUCCCCUCCCUGGACUUUUAUCCACCAAUAAGGAAUUUCUGCAGAUGAACAAGGAAUUCAGCAGGAAAAUCACAAGGGACGCGGAGAAACUGAUAAGCCAUAUGUGUGGGGAUGACGGUUGGUGUGAGAAGAGCCAGCUCACAUUCAUUCAGAAGCAUCUUCAGCUCCAGGACGUUCCUCUGGACCAGUGCCAGGCUGGUUCUUUUAGCCAGGAAGGCUGCUUCUCACAACUGUUCAACGGUCUGAAGGAGCUCCAGAAAUGGGUUCUGGCUAUGCCCGGCCACCUUCCUGAGGGCAACCUUCACCGACUGAACAAGGACAUCAGUGACUUGCUUGUCAACAUCCAGGAAGAGAUGGAGGCACAAGGCAUAAAGGCUCAGAGCUCUCCUUCUCAGACACUGCUGCCUACAGGCGCCAGUAACUUCCACAAGAGAGUCGCCAUGUUCCUCAUCCUUUCUGACUUGGUCAACUUCAUGGGAAUCUUGCAUGGUCUACUGGUAUGAGGAGGCCACGCUGAAUAGGGAUCCAGUUUAAUAUUUAAACCUGCGUCCCGCUAACCAGCAUCCACUUUCAUCUAGAACCUCCAGUUGCAAAAGUUGCAAUGGCACCAAUAGAAGUAGUGAAUAUUUCACUUUUUUGUAAGUUACGAAAAAUAACCUUUUCCCCUCCAACUCCAUCAUCAAAUAUGAGGCCAAAAUGGUCUAUUUAUUUAUUUAUCUAUAUAUUUAUAUUUGAACUGUUUUUUUACGAUUUAUAUUGGGGCAUGUAUAAGUAUUUAUAAUAUUUGUGUUUGGAAUUGAAAUGCUUUUGUAUGGUUCAGAACGUUUAUUUAUGAAGUAUUUAAUAUUAUUUAAUUUAUAAGUGAUGGAAUUCUUUCCAGGGUUAAGGGAAAACUGUCCUUGCUAUAAAAUUCACCCAAAACUGUAGAUUAUAUUGAAUCUGUUCCAUCAAUAGGUUUUGUUCCUUUUUUAUAUGGAAGUGAUUAUAUAUGUCUCCCAGGGUCGGACUGGGACCUGCCAGAGAGCUUGACACCCUAGGCUUAGUCUCACACCAAUUAGAUACGGAGAAGCCAAAUGUUUUUUUUAUACAAGCCAUGAUGAGAAUAAUGAUGGGCUGAUAAUUCUCCUAAGCUGGGGUGCACUGGGGAGAUCCUCUGGUGGGCCAAAUCCGACGUUUCCUUGGUUUAACAAGAACUUGGAAAAGGUUCAUCAUUUACUACAGUUUAGGUGAUUGUAUUUUUAAUUACAGUAACAGUUCCCCUUUAAGGCAAUAUGCAGGAUCAUUAUUUGCCAUUAUUUAUAGUAUUGUUUACUUAAAAAGCACAGCUUUACAUGUUGCCCUGUUCAAUUCAAAUACUUGAAUGUCACGAGUGUGUUUUUUCCUGUUAUUAAUCUGAUCCAAUUGGGCAAAAUCAUUUGGGCGGUUUUAGGGGGCCUCCCCCACCCCCAGACUCCCAACUCUAGCAUUGAUUGUUCCCAUAGGCAACAACAGUAUUGUGUCCCGGUUACUUGCACUCAGGAUAAUAUUUAUUAUUGUUGCGAGCAUGUGUGCCUUGUUUAAAUUGUAUGUUUUUUAAGAAAAUGUUUUGCUAGGAAAAUAAAAACUAGUUGUUCUUUUUUUAAAACAUUUGUCUUACCGUCUUGUAACAUUUUGCUCAAAGCCAAACACACACAAUUGCUUGUUGUCAUACAGGAUAUGUAAGCUGUGACCACAACAACACACAGACUCUAUUGCACGUGUAUUUGACAUUGCAGCCGCCAUUUGUGUGGUUCUGUAAAGGGUUCUGGGUCCCGCUUAGGUUAUACCAAGGUUACAGAUAUAAAUAUAUAUAUAUAGAUCAAUUUGACAAGGUGUUGCUGUUUUAUGGGGACACUAGACUAGCAGGUAGCAAAAACAGGGGAUCUGUCUUA